GGCUGAUAGACACACGCACAGAUUACCAAAGGACCGGAGAGCGCGCCGCACGCUUGUGCAGCGGAUCACCGGCUAAUUAUCUAGUUUGACGUUUCGUAAAUAUAAGUGAGACACUUUUGUUACGAAUCUCAACAUACGUGAACUUGAGUUAAGUGUUGUGAAUAGACAAUUAUUGAAAUACAAUAUGAUUACCCUAGUGUUGUUUGUUUUGGGAAGCCUCCUAGCGGCAACAGAGGCGUGUGGAGCUGGGAAACAAAUGUUAAGAACGGGUGGGCUGACAUCGUACGAGAAGCAAGCCAUAGUGGAUGCACACAAUCGCCUUCGGCAAUCCGUUGCUCUUGGACAAGUGUCAAGCCAACCUCCAGCUGCCAAUAUGAUGGAAAUGGUGUGGGAUGACGAGUUAGCAGCGACGGCGCAACGUUGGGCUGAUCAAUGCACUCCCGCGCACGACCGGGCCGCGCAGCGUGACGUCGGUCGCUUCCCCGUGGGGCAGAACCUUGCAGCGACAUGGACUACCCGGCCGCCGUCUGGCCCCUCUGACUCAGAACCCGAUUUUAUGAAGCAAAUCAACGCGUGGUUCGAUGAAGUCAGAAUUUACGGAUUCAAGCCUAUCAAUGGUGGACACGGCACCGGUCAUUAUUCACAGUUGGUAUGGGGUGAGACAUCGCACGUAGGUUGCGGUUACACGUUCUACUACGACCCCGCGAGAGGCUACACCAAGCUGUAUGUCUGUAACUACGGCCCUGGUGGCAACGUUAUCGGCUCCAACCCCUACGAGAAAGGCCGUCCAUCCUGCACACAAUUCGGCCUCUCCGAAUCAAGAAAAUACUCCGGAUUAUGCUCAGCCAGUUACACCACCACAUCGAGCUACCAAGUGGCGGAUAACAACAACGGCUACAUCUCGAACGUCAUCCCCGACAGCAGUGGUGAUUCUCCAGCCUUCAACUAUCACUUCUACAACCAAUACAAUAAUGAAUAUCAGUACCAGUAUCAGCAGCCACAGACAUACUAUCAAACAGAGGCCUCCACCUUCAGGCCUCUGAUCAGCAUCUUCAAGACUGCCUCUAAUCUGUUUGCAAAGCCAAAAUCGCUUAGAGUCGGCACCGUCUAUCUAUAACCAUAAGCCUGAGACAUUAUUUUCAUAACAGUAUUUUAAUUAAUUGUGACAGUUGUGUUACUCGACUGAUAUAUUCGAAGCUGCGGGAGCACUUUCGGAACUUUGUAGAUAACAUUAAUUCCUUGGUUUUACAAGGAGCUUAGGACUUCUCUAUAUGAAUUUUAAUUUACAUGAACCUUGAAUAGUUCGAAGGUCUGAUAGUUUUAUACUAUAAUUAUUACUCUGCUGUCGUGAGUGACCUUCUAGUAUUAGAUAAGCAUUAAAUAAUAUGUUGUUAUUUAGAAUAUUUAUAUUUUAUUG